GCAGUAAAUGUCUGACUGUGUUUUACUAUCAGUUCCCUUAAACACCACCUGCUCCCGGCGUUCUUCCAGAAUAUUCUCCACUAAUGCCAGGAGCUUUUCGGUGUAAAGUGUCACAGGGCACUAGCUGUUUAAACCUCAACCCCGGACUCUGCAAAUCAUGGUCUACACGGUGUUUGAUCCAGAGGUACCAGCAUGGAGUAUCUGGGAGCUCACCUGGCCUUCAAGUCUCGUUGGCAUAAGACAGACGAAGAAUUAUGCAGACACAGUAUGUCUCUUGUCCUCCAUAAAGCCAUACGCACAGAUUUCUUUGCAAGUUACCUUUACCUUCUCGAACGACUGCCCCUUGUGAAACUCUACGCGCUGACCAGUGAGGUGAUAGAAGGGGAGAUGCAGUUUUACGCCCGGGCUAGAAAUUUCUACAGCGAUUUACCAGCGACAGAGGAUGGAAUGAUGGGAGAUUUUUCCGAUCUCUCCAAUACAGACAUAGAAUGUUCCAAAGAAUUUCUCCGGAAGUUUGUAGGGGGCCCUGGAAAAGCAGGUACUCAGUUUGCACUAGACUGCGGUGCGGGGAUUGGAAGAGUGAGUAAGCAUGUCUUACUGCCGAUUUUCGACAACAUUGAGCUGGUAGACAUGACGGAGUCUUUUUUAGAAGAAGCCCAGAAUUAUCUAGAAGAAGAAGGGGAACGAGUAGAGACUCUUUAUUGGUACUGCUUGCAGGACUUCACCCCUGCUCCUAGAAAAUACGAUGUCAUCUGGAUGCAGUGGGUGUCAGGUCAUCUGACAGAUAAAGACCUUUUUGAAUUUCUGCUACGUUGCAAACAUGGUUUAAAAGAAAAUGGUGUCAUCAUUUUGAAAGACAACGUAGGUAAACAGGGCUGUGUUUUAGACCCGAUGGAUAGCAGUGUGAUCAGGAAUAUCGAUAUAUUGAGAAACAUCAUCGAUCGGACUGGAAUGAGCAUCCUAGCUGAAGAAAAACAGCCCGGGUUUCCGGAGCUCUGUGUCCCAAUAUGGAUGAUGGCCAUUCAGUAAAAAUUCUGUAGCUGUAACAGUUUAUUAUUUGAGUUACAUUAUAACAAUUGAGUAUCCAUCAGAGAAAAUCCAGCUGCUUUUUUUUCUGAUAUAUUUUGCAUUUUCAGACUUUAUUUAAACCACAAUACUGUAUUAGGGUAUGUAAACCUGGACAUAUCAUCGACCAAUGUCAAAUAAACAUAAAAUAUUAGAUUUUUUUUAAUUAAAAGAAAUGACAAUAGGAAUUUAUACUUUACAUUACGUCAGAAUAAAAUUCACACAAUUUGUUUAAUCUAGAAAGUGUAGCUAUAUUUUAUAUUUGUUUCGAUUGUUACUACAUUUUGGAACAAGCCCACAUUUUACGUUAACGAUAUAAUUUGAAUAAAAACUUGAUUAAGCUUUUUUUAAUUAUAGGACCACACCUUAGAACUCAAGAAAAACUGCAACAACUGAGUGUAUAUCUAAAUCCCCGAAUGGAACCAAACGUACUUAGGAAUUAUUUUGCUUAUGUACUAACUAGAGAUUUAUUCUAGGUACACCUUAAUAUCAGAUUCAUAAGUAGCUAUAGAGAAGCAACAAAUGUAUCACAUUUCACCUAGAAAAUCGAGUUACAAAUAACCACACAAAUAUAACAAAACUGUGGAAAACAAAGGGUUAAAUACAGUUUAAUCAAGGUAACAAGAAAAGCACAUGCACUAAUAGAAAUAUAAAAUGUUAUUUACUGUUUAUUUUAGUUUUGUAAAUUGUGCAGUACAAUUAUUUUUUCCUGCAUCCUAAACAUUAACUCCGUAAAUGUGGAACCAUAAUGGGGAGACAUUUGUUCCUUCUUCCCCAACCUUUGUAUAGGAUACGUACAUCUCUGGAAUGCUUACCGGUUCUUGUUUCUCUUCUAACUUGAUUAUUUUCAAACAGGAAGUUGAUAAAAAAGCUAUGUAUUUUCAGUGAGGGCUGAGCCAAAGAAUUAAGAAAGAUUAUAGGACCACUAUAGUGCCAGGAAAACAAACUCGUUUUCCUGGCACUGUAUGGUCUUUGGGU